AUGUUACAGCAAAAUUACUCUGAUGCAGUGAAAAUCGUUGGCGCUGCUACUGAGGCAUUCUUCCUCACAGGCCAUGCUGGUCAGUCGGCCUUGCUUCCACAAACUGCUGCUGCUUCCCGGACAUCAGCAACUCAUACAACAAACUCCCUUCUUCGAGAGAAGGAGCUCGGCCACCUGCACAAGAGUCUGAAGGAUUCUUGUAAAGAGCCUAGUAAAGAGAAAACAUGCAGGACUGAAAACAACUCUUCCUUUACUAGGAAGGAGAAGGAGAGACCGAAGGAGGAAUCUAGGGCCCGGAAUGUUGUUGAUCUUACCCAAGACAGCAGAACUGAAAAUGACAGGAAGGUGUGCUUAGAGAGGCCUUUAAAAAUAGGGGACCCUGCUUCUAUUUUUCAUAAUGAACAUUUGCCAAAUCGAUGUCUAAACAUUACAGAACCAAAAUCAAAAAAUCCCUUACAGACCCCUUUAAGCAAUUGUAACAGUGUGUGUGAAUCAAUAAAAUUGUCUGGCUCUGAACAUGACAAAUGCAUUAAAGAGCUUUGCAGGCAUGAUGACAACAUGAGGCCUUUAGCACAUGCCCAUUCAGAUAAAUCAAAAAAAUGUGACUCUGUUGUAACAUCAGGUGGCACUUUACAUGUUUCUUGUAGCUGUGCUUCACCAGCUUCAAAAAUGCCCUCUUCUAGCACAUUCCCAGCACAGCCUGUCCAUUCCAAACUGCACAGUAUCUUCCCACCAACCAAGGAACCAGGAAGGGAGCACAAAGUGAUUGCUCCCACCUUUGUGCCUUCUGUUGAGAUGUAUGAUGAGCGAAAUGGGCCUAUCCAAAUUGCUUCUCAGGCCAGAGACAACAAACAUGAAAAAAGCAAGGAAAAGGAGAGUGGAAAAAUGGGCCUGUUACACACUAACAGUGAGCGUAUCUUUUCAGAUCCAUCACGCCCUUUGCUCACUCAAGAUUCCUCGGUGCAUAACGAUGUAAAAAAAACUGACAGUGCAAGGGAAGAGGGUUCUAUUAUAAGGUCAAACUGUAUGGCAUCAAGAAGAGCUAUACCUUCAGAAUCCUUUAUAAACAAGACUGUUAGCUGUUCUGAAAAAACAGACUUUCUUACAGCAAAAGAAGGGCUUAAAUUAGGUCAUGACUUAGAGCUCCGUGGCCAUGAGAGAGAGAGGACACAAAAGCCCACUUGUAAGGAUUCUGGCAAAUCUUAUAUCAGUUCAGAUUCGUCAAAACAGCACUUGGACCCCACACAGCUGAAGUCAGCAGUGCAUUCUGAACAAAAGUGGAAACCUUUUGACAUUGGUAAUUUUGCAGCUGCUCAGAUGGCCGUGUUGGCGGCUCAGCAUGGUCAUAGCAGCAGAGUAGAAGAGGAGUCUAAGAAGGUCUACAUGGAUCCUACUGGCUGCCAGAGGAGUGCAACAGUUGGGGGAAGAAAUGGUACUGAGGUGCUUAAUCCAGCCCCUCAUAGUGAGGGUUCUGCCAUGCAGAACUUAAUUAAGUACAGUGGAAGUUUUGCAAAGGAUACAACAGUACGGCAAAACAGUGGCAAAAAGAGCCCCUUUGGGGGACUUGCAAAUGUAAAAAUAGAUGCAGGUCAUCCUGGAACAUCCAAGGUACAACACCUCCCCCCACAGCAGCCAGGAAAACAGCUUAAGCGUGACCCUGAGAGACCUGAGAGUGCCAAAUCUUUUGGUCGGGAAAGUAUUGGCUCACAGGGAGAAGUGGAAGUAAGGCAUCCACCUGUGGGGAUUGCUGUGGCAGUGGCACGACAGAAGGACAGCAGCAGCAAACCUGCCUCCAGCAUUACAGACAGAGAUCGGUCACUUUCAAUGAACAGCAUAAAAGGUCCUAGCCGCACAGAUGAGGACCGCACUGAGGACCGCAAUCGACGUGAGGAACGCCUCUUAACAGGGCGAUUAGAACGAGAGCAGGAAAAGCUGCUUAGAGAAAGCAAAGAGCUGGCAGAUUUUGCACGUUUACAUCCCACUGGCUGCACAGCAAACGGUCUAAACUCCAACUUAAUGGUGACUGCAGCAUCCGCCCUGGCUGGUUCAGGGCGCUGGCCCUUGGAUUCUGCUUCCCACCUCACAGCACACCCCUGGAUACCUAGAACUGGUAGUCCUUCCAUCUGGUUAACAGGUCAUCCCUAUGGUUUAGGUCAUACGUCCUUACACCAGGGUCUGGCUCCUGGUUUUCCUCCAAGUAUGGCUGGUUCUCUGUCCUCUGCUUAUCAAUUUGCACGGGAUCCUCAGUCUGGACAACUCCUGGUUAUUCCAACAGAACAUCUUCCACACUUUGCUGAGUUAAUGGAACGAGGGCCACCUGUCUGGCCAGGAAUGUAUCCUGCCAGAAGUUCGCUACAACAUGCCCAUCAGCUUCAGCUGCUGUCACACCAGCAGUUGUUACGGCAACAUGAACUUUACAUGCUACAACAGCAAGCAGCCCAUGCCAUGGAACUACAGAGGAGUGCACAGCUUGUGGAGAGGUUGAAAGCUAGCGAACACAGAAUUGAACUUGAGGAAAAAGUGUCAAAGAGAACCCCUGAUGCACCAAAACAAGGACUGAGUACUGCUACCUCAGGAAUGUUGCAGAGGAAACGACCUCCUUCCUCUCCUACCACUUCAUUUAGCAAACCAGUUGGUACACCACCCUUGUCUCCCAUGGCUUCAGCAGUUCCUGCACUCAAGACUGAAAUUAGGCACAAAAUCGAGGAGCCAUUAACUCAGCAGCCCUAUUCUUACCCUGCAACUCCAGGUUCACACCACUCCAGUCCUCCCCCUGCUUCUCCCCCUCCCACCCCAUCAAUCUCUCUGAAGGAGGAGGCAUCAGAAGAAGCAGAUAAGAAGGAACUAGGUCUAGGAAAAGAAUCUUCCCCACCAUUUCAGACUCUGUUUCCAGAUGUUCCUUCAGGCUAUCCUUUCCCAUCCUUACCCGAAUCUUUUGAAAGUCAUUAUCCAUAUCUUCUUCACCCUCCCACAGCAUCAGAUGCAGAUGGAUUGGCUCCAGAUAUACCACUGUCUACUGAUGUUUCUGAGCAUAUACCCAACUCUCCAGCAAUAAAGGCUGCACAUCUGCACUCUCCACAGAUGGUUGAGACCCUACAUCCCUCAAUAGAUACUAGACCUAUAGAAGACAACAUAGACGAGGAAGAGGAAGAAGAGCAGGAGAAUCCGAGAAAUGAGUUGGAACAAAAUCUGGAAGAACUUUGUGAGAAGCGUUUGGAGGUUGAAAAAAGUAGCAUGGAUGCAUUAGAAAAUUUAUGCGAUCAAAAUGGCCUGUUACAGGAAGAUGAACAUUUAACUGAACUGGACAGACAUGAGGAGGAAGCGCUUAUUGAAGACUGUCACUCAGCUUACCAGCCAGUGGUUGGUGCCUCAGAAACAGAGUUCCAGAAUGAGGCAGGUAACCAGGAGAAUCUCUGUUCCACUCAUGAGGAUUUUGACAGUUCUCUGACUUGCCUCAGAACAGAACAGUCAACAGCAGAACUAAGUUUACAUUCUGACAAUCAGACUUUAGCAACACAUGUAACUGAUGAACUUGACUUUAAUGACAAGACAGCACUGGAAGAAACAUUGACUUCAGCAGCAGAAGCUGCUGCUGAGUCGGAUUUUAAUGACAAUGAUACUGAGUUAGCUUGCCAAAUUUCCAAGUUAGUGACAGUAGACAUUAAACCAGAUGACCCCUUGGCUGGCAUGAAUGCACUGGUAGCAGCUACAGAGAUGCCCCAAGCUUGUUCUAUACAUUUGGAUGAUAGUGUUAAUGCCCCGUUGACUUCUCCAGAGUUGACUUGUGACUUUUACCCAGAGGACUCUGAGAUACUUCAUGGAAUUGCACUCUUAAGUGAAAUAGCAGAGCAGGAGCUAAGGACAAGGAAUCAAGAACGUGAUGGUUUUGAAGUGUACAAGACAUGCUCUGAUUUGGAGAGUCUCCUUGCUGCCAGUAAGCAGGUACUGAUGGAAGCCCUGUCUUCACCAGUUUUUGAGUCCUGCAAGCCACAGACUACCCGGCUACCUCGAGAACUGAACCCUAACAAAAAAUACAGCUGGAUGCAAAAGAAGUGUGAACCGAUGUUCUCCAUUAAAUCUGCUAUUGAAGGAAUGGAUGCUAUGGAAGUGGAUUACCGAAUGCAGUUAGCAGAACUUCAAAGAAGGUACAAGGAGAAACAGAGAGAGCUGGUCAGACUCCAGAAACGCAGAGAUUCAGAGGACAGUAAGCGGGAUGAGAAGAGUAGAAGCUCAUCAAGAAGAGGCCCAGGAAGGCCAAGAAAGAGAAAGCACGGGUCUAGUGCCAUGUCACCACCUGUGGAGAGAGGAAAAGGAGAAUCCAAGAGUGGAAAACAGUGUAAGAGCGUAUUGCUGUCUGAAGAUUCGGAAGUAGGCGAAGGACUGAAAAAGAAGUUGAAAUGCCUGAGUCCUGAAGAUGAGGAUGAGGUGGAGCAUGUGAGUGGGAAAGUGAAGGUGAAGAGCAAGGUCUGGGAGGAGCAAGAUGCAUCACCCAGUUUCUCCCAAGAGGUUAAGGUGAAAUGUAAGAAGAAAAAGAAGGUCAGCGAGCAGGAACAGCUGGCAACCAAGCUUGAUAAAGCUCUGUCACUCACCAAAUUAAACAAAAUGUGUUCCCCUUUCAAAUACUUAGACUAUAGUAUUGGAAAGCAGAAGGGCAUUUGCAGUGGCAGCACCAGCAGGUAUCUGGGGCCUCCAGAGAUCACAAUGGCAAAGGAGGAGAAGAAAAAUAUUUCAAAGAGUUUCAGUAAUCCACAGAAGACUUUUAAAGAAGGUAAAACCAAAAAAGCCACAAAAAUAAAGAAGGUGGAGGUGGGAUUAAAGGUCAAAAAUCGACUCAAAACUCCUCAUUCACCAGCAAGAUCAGAAGUCAGCAGUUACUCGUACAAUACCGACUCUGAGGAAGAAGCUACUUUGAAGGAUGGAUGGCAGUCACAGUUAUCAUCAUGCUUGUCUGGAUCCAAGCCACGAACGCCCAGUCUGUAUGGUACAGUGUCCAUGAAAGGCAUCAAAUGCUCCAGAGGCAAUAGACCAGCAAAGACUGGCAUGUCUUCCACAGAGACUCUUAAAUCCAGACAAGUGGCAAAUAAGGAAAAGCUGAAGCACUUUGCAUUGUUGCUGCAAGAGGCAGAGGCGAGAUCUUCCUUCAGUGACUCCUCGGAGGACUCAUUUGACCAAGCAGUGCAAGCGUCUCCCAGAACAUUUCUGUAUGAUGUGUGCAGUACUCUUUGCAUGAGGUCUGAGAUGGCUGAGGAGAACAAUUACAGCUCAGAAGACGACGAUGACGAAGAGGAUUAUAUGGUAAUGGACAGCAGUGAUGCUCUCUCCUCGCCAACUCUAGAUGAGAGUGGGUUAGGACUUCUGGCAAGGUUUGCAGCAAGUGCCUUGCCUAGUCCCAUUAUUUCACCUCCUAUGUCUGUCAUUCAACUAGAGGCUAAGCAGAAAGCUAAGAAAAAGGAAGAGAGGCAAAACCUGAUGGGGACUGAGUUUGAGUACACAGACUCUGAGAGUGAUGUAAAAAUCAAGAAAAAAUCAACUACUCCUUUACUUCUUGCCAAGAAGACACAUCAGGAGGCUGCAAAUACUGUUCCCACAUCAGCUGAACCUCUAAGUACUGAAAAGGUUAAAAUGACAGAGAAAGGGAAAAAAAUGAAGAAACCAAAAUCUCCAAAAGAAUUUGGCUUUGAAUUUGGGCAAGAGGCAAGUGAUGACGAUUUGUGGACUCGGCGAAGGAGUGAACGUAUCUUUCUUCAUGACGCUGUUGCCUCAUCAGCAUUAUCACCUACUACUUUUGUAAGCAGCACUCCUGCUGCCAAACCAUCCCGUUGUAUGAAAACUGCACCAUUAAGCCCAAAAAAGGACACUACCAAAACUAAGGAGAUUAAAGAGGCUACCAAGAAAAAGAAAGGAAAAGAGUCCCCCACUUCUUUGUCAUCUCCUCAAAGAGUAGCUACACCAUCUGAAAAUCGUGUUGGCCUGGCAAGCCCCCUUAAUGGAAGUAAGAAGAAUAAAGGAAGUGGGAAGAUUAAAGAUGCAAAGAAGGAGGCCCGUGGAAAGGGUGGUGCAGUGAGUAAGCUGAUGGAAAUCAUGGCAGCUGAUGAAGACUUUGAACCAAAUCAAGACAGCAGUUUCUCAGAAGAUGAAAACAUACCACUAAGCAUGCUUAAAGACAGACCCCCUACUCCAGCUCCCCGCUCAUGUAUCAUUGACAAGGAUGAACUGAAAGAUGGCCUUCGUGUUUUGAUUCCAAUGGAUGACAAACUGCUUUAUGCGGGAUAUGUCAAAACUGUACACUCGCCUGACAUUUAUCAAGUGGUAGUGGAAGGAGAGAGAGGGAAUCGUCCUCACAUCUACUGCCUGGAGCAGCUACUUCAAGAAGCAAUCAUUGAUGUAAAGCCACCUUCUGUACGGUUCCUUCCUGAGGGAACCAGAAUUGCUGCUUACUGGAGUCAACAGUACCGCUGCCUCUACCCAGGGACUGUUGUCAGAGGGAGCACAGAUCCUGAUGAAGAUGAUCUGAUUACUGUGGAAUUUGAUGAUGGCGAUACUGGGAGAAUUCCUCUCUCUCAUAUUCGCCUCCUUCCUACUGAUUACAAGAUACAAUGUGCUGAACCCUCUCCUGCUCUUUUGGUGCCCAGUGCUAAACGUCGCACUCGAAAGCUGAGCAAAGAUACUACUGAUGGAAAGGAGGCUAGUACUGUUAUGAGAGAGGAAUCAACCUGCAAAGGCAGAGGUCGUGGGAGGAAACCAUCAGUCAAAUCAAAGCCUGGAACAUUAGCUAUAUCACAGGAGGCAAGUCAUGAAGAGGUUUCUGGUAAUGUGGAUAAUCAGGAAGUAAAUGGGAAGCAGUGUGCAAGUAUGACAAAUCAAUGCCAGCUAAGUACUGCUGCUGUACCUUCAGUAAUGCUGCCUGAAAAGCCAAAGAAAACUGGUAAAUCAGCAGUAAGUGCCAAAGUACCUGUUCAGCAGCAGACUGGUUAUGCAUCUCCCAUUUAUAGCAGUGUUAUUGUUGCAGAACAGUAUGAUGUGGCAGGUUCAGUGGGAUCAUUUAUCAGCAGUGAAAAUCCUGCAGGCAAAACAAAAGCCAAAAAAGGAAAGAAGUCAGAAGAGAUGCAAGAGUUUGCAGCAGGAGGUAAAGGGCAGAGGCGGCCAUCUGAAACUGAAAUGUUAAUUAAAUUGGACCAUGAGGGAGUGAUGUCACCAAAAUCAAAGAAGACCAAAGCUAUGAUGAUGGAGGAUCAAAACUUGGCAAGUAGAAGAGACAGUAAAACAGUGUUAGGGUUGGGAUUCUCUGCUGUGACAGGUAAUGAUGUUAAACGGAAAGUGGUAAGGACCAAGGCUGCGGAGAAAGAGAUACCACUAUGUACAUAUGGUGAAAGUGUGGUCAAGUCUGAGGAUAAAGAUAGGAAGGAAGAGUUUCAAAGCAGCAGUACUAGUAGCAGUUCAGAGUCUGAGGCUGAGGAAGAAGCUGAGAAUAAUAGUGAGGAAGGCCAAGAAGAUAGCAGUUCUGCAAGUUCAAGAGCUUCAAGCCUUGUUUCAUCAUCUAAUUCUUCAUCAUCUUCUAGCAGCAGCUCAUCUUCAUCUUCAUCUUCCUCAAGUUCUAGUUCAUCCUCAUCUACAACUGAUGAAGAGUCCUCUUGCAGUAGUGAUGAAGAAACAUCACCUGCUAGUACUGUUUCAGCAGUGCCAGAGCCGCCACCUCCUAGCAAGAGGAAGCAGGGUGGAAAGUCACAAGCUUCUUCACAUAACCUUCAACGUAAGCAGAAACAGCAACAAAAGCAACAAGUCAGUAGUAAAACCAAACCCAAAAAAAGGGAAGGCAUUCAUCUUCCAACUACUAAAGAACUGGCCAAACGACAGAGGCUGCCAUCUGUGGAAAAUAGACCUAAAAUAGCUGCCUUUCUUCCUGCACGCCAGCUCUGGAAAUGGUUCGGCAAACCAACACAGAGACGAGGCAUGAAGGGGAAGGCCAGGAAACUGUUUUAUAAGGCUAUUGUCCGUGGCAAGGAGAUCAUCCGAAUUGGAGAUUGUGCAGUCUUCCUGUCUGCGGGACGGCCCAAUUUACCUUACAUUGGAAGGAUCCAGAGUAUGUGGGAGUCUUGGGGAAAUAACAUGGUGGUCAGAGUGAAGUGGUUUUACCACCCAGAAGAGACGAACCCUGGCAAGAAACUUAGUGAUGCAAAGCAAUGGGAUCAGAAGUCUGGAAGGAGCCUGCCAACAAUUCUCCAAGCUUCUAGUCAGAGACAAGACUUCAUGGAGCGUGCAUUGUACCAGUCAUCGCAUGUUGAUGAGAAUGAUGUUCAGACCAUUUCCCACAAGUGCUUGGUAGUCAGUUUGGAGCAGUAUGAGCAGAUGAUAAAAACGAAGAAACACCAUGACAGCGAAGACUUGUAUUAUCUGGCAGGGACAUAUGAGCCCACCACAGGAAUGAUUUUCAAUACAGAUGGAGUCCCUGUCAUCUGCUGAGAAAGCAAGAUAAAACUUGAGAGCCAUCUCCAGCAUAGAUUACAUUGUUUGAAUUGCUGGUGCACUUAAAAUGAGUCAGAGAAGCUGUUAAAAUAAGCAUUUAUUAAAAAAUGUUUGUGUAAAGUUGCAAUCCACAGCUAUUUAAACGUGACAGUGUCACAAACAGAUGCUGAAAAGCUUAAAAGAAUCUGGUCGAGUCAUUGUUUCCUAACUGGAAAUAGUGUUUUUUGAACCAUUUAGAAGUAAUUGAUUGAAGCCUUUUGAGUUCUUUCAGCAUUUUGACAUUAUCAUCUUAAGGCACCAUAGUAACUUAAUUCCAGCUGGCCUGUCUAUCUGAAUGUAACAAUACAGAUCAUCUUUAUUUCUUUACAGAAGGUUGCUACCUGGAUGGCAGUAUUGCCUCAUGUAACACAAUGCCUUCUUGGAAGCCACAUGCUUCACUUUCAGCAGAAGAAAGGUGUCAUAAAAGAUUAUAUUCAUGGAGCGUAAACCUCACAGACUUUGAGGCAAAUAUCACAUGCUGCAGUGCAGCCUUCUGGGAAACCUGAAUGAGUUUAAAUAAGAGGGAAAUGCUAAUGCACUAACCUUCAAGGCAGAGUCAUGCAUUUCUGUUACAGCUCUUGGAAACUAUUACCUGCUGUCCAAUAAAAUAAAACCAAGGCAUGUGGAAGCAAAGGCAUAUUGGACUUUAAACCUUUUAAAUGAAGAUGAGAUUGCUGUGCAAGAGACCCUUCUGUGAUGCUGUUAACAAAUUUACAAUGUAAAGUGACUUAGCUGAAAAAAAAUCUGCUUACCUGUCAGGAAGGGCCAAAGUUGAAAAGAUUAAUCCUUUUACCAAGUAAGAAUGUAACAACUGAAUGAUAUCCAAGUACUUGCGUUAAAGAUGGAAUACGACUGAACCACCUUCCCAUUUCUGUGUUGUCACUGAAUGGCAGUCUUUUUGAAUGUGAAUAAUCAUCUUCUUGUCCCGUCAUAGCAUUUUCAUAGAUUGCCUACAUUCAGACACCUUUAGCAAGCUUGCCAAAAUAUCGGAUUUAAGACAUUAGUAUAGCUGAAUCUGGACUUGUGUUGCACAGCUCACCUUUUGAUUAAACAAUUAGUAUAAUAAAGAAUGUUCUGAAAAGGAUUUUGUACUUCAGCAGUUUCGGACACAACUUACUUUUAUUAACUCAGACUGCUGAUUACACUGUCUAACUUUUAAUUUUCUAUGCUGAAGUUUUUAGAGUCCAAAAAUACAAGCAAGGUACUUUAUGAUAGAUCCAUAUAAUGCUACAGUGACAUAUUUUCAAAUAAAAGACAUUUUGACCUUGUCCAGUGCUGCGCAAUUAACAGAAAUAGAAAAGGACAUUCUUUUGAGCCAGUGGUAGAGAGUGUUCUUUUCAUUUAAUUGUUGAGUUAGAGUUGGGGAAGGCUCAUUUCUUUCAUGUAUAAUUCUCAUGUAUUAAAAUAUUUGUUAAGUGUAUGUACUGUAUAUCUUUAAAUGGAUACAAUUUUAAUUAAGAGAAAAUUGUUUUAUAAAGACUGUGAACAGUGACAAGCUUUUAUGUUUCAAAACAAGUUUUUGGCAUGAAUCUCCCAGCUGAAAACUUUGUAAAUAUAUAUAUAUAUAUAAAACAUAUACAUAUAGAUAUAUAUAUAUAAAGACUUUUCAGAGUAUUUUUAAAGUAGUGGUUACCGUAUGGGGAAAGAUAAUAGUGUUAACAGAAAGCACUUACUCACUGCCGAAUGCCUUCUUUGGAAGAGAACUUUUUGACAAUCGAAAGAGAGAAGAACCAGAUUUUUUCAUUUAUUUUCAUUUGUUUGUUUAUAGAGCUCUUUGUGAUGUGAAUAAUGAAUGUUGUCUGAGCUAUCCACUUUCAGAACUGCCAGUUGUGGUUGAGUCCAUACUGGAGUUGAACUGGCAGGGUUUCAGAUAAAGGAAGGUUUUCUGUGAAAACACUAACUUUAGAUGACAGUUGUAUACUUCUUGCGAGAUGCAGAAUGCAGUUACAAAAAUGAACAAAUAAAAAAUUGUGCAUUUUUACUUCA